CAUGGCGAAUGUUUGAUAAACUUUGUCCUUCUUGUAAAAGUUGUAAAUAUAUUAAAAUAUUUACAAUAUGUAACAAUGACAAAUCCAGGAAAAUGUUAUUAAAAUGUUAAAAGUCAUUAUGACAGCUGUUAGUAAAGUAAAACCUCUGCCAUUGGGCAGUGGCACCGGACUCAAGGGUCCAAGGUCACAGCUCAGGACAUUCCAGUCACAGAGUAGUCCUGUGUAUAAAGUCCAGACAGAGUCCGCUAAUGGCAUGAGGGGAGUCCGUAACAACAGAGUGAAGGACAGGAGAGGAAUAUUUACAGUUGGAGGAAACAGUGACAAGACCAAAGUGAAAUCUUUGGAGGAUGUUGCCAUAGCAAUAAAGAGUGAUGCAUUCCAGAACAUUGUAGUGGUGGCAGGAGCUGGUAUCAGUACCCCAAGUGGGAUUCCAGACUUCAGGACUCCUGGCACUGGUCUCUAUGACAACCUCCAGCAAUACAGAAUUCCCUACCCAGAAGCCAUCUUUGACAUAGAAUUCUUCCAUCACAAUCCAAAGCCUUUCUUCACUCUUGCCAAAGAACUGUAUCCCACUGGAAAAUAUAGACCUAAUUACAUACAUUAUUUUGUACGCCUUUUACAUGACAAGGGGAUGUUACUCCGCAUGUACACACAAAAUAUUGAUGGCCUUGAGAGAAUUGCUGGCUUACCUCCUGAAAAAAUGGUGGAGGCCCAUGGCACAUUUUCUGAGGCCACAUGCCUUAUAUGUAGACAGAAACAUGACAAAGAGGAAAUCAAAGGAGCAAUAUUUUCUGAUAAAAUACCAAGGUGCAAAAAACCAGGAUGUAUGGGAGUUGUGAAACCUGAUAUAACAUUUUUUGGAGAAGACUUACCCAAAAGAUUUUAUUUUUACAUGAGGGACAUGCUUCAGGCUGAUCUGAUCAUUGUCAUGGGGACAUCAUUAGAGGUUCAGCCAUUUGCUGGGAUCAUUGACUCGGUGAAGUGGGGGGUACCUCGUGUCUUGUUUAACAUGCAUGCCGUAGGACCAUUCAAAUAUCAGAGACGAGCUCAGGACUUCAUUUCACCAGGUGACCUCAUUAACAGUGCUCAGAAGUUCACAGACCUAUUGGGAUGGAAAGAUGAAAUGGUGGAACUUAUUACCAAAGAGGAGGGCAGAUUUGUUUUAUGCUCGCCAGACUACGCAAAGAAAAUGAAAGAAAUGCAGCAAAGACCACCCCCUCCACCCCCUAAAGAUCCACCAAUUAGACUUUGGAGACAGCCAGCUAAACUUGAUUUAUUCAGCUCAGAAUCUGAGAGCUCAUCAGAAGCUUCAGAGACAGAAUCAGAAUCCUCCGACGAAGAUGAAAGACCAAAAAAUAUUCGCAAGAACAACAAUUACAGAAAAGGACUAGGUGUGACAAGGAGUGCCCCAAAAGGAGGCAGUAAAAAUGACCUUGACCUGAAAAGGAAUGGCAAACCUGGAGUGAAUGGAAAAAGGAACUACAGCACAAGUUCACCGCUAACAACCAGAUCAGAGAGAGCUGUAGGAAAAACACGGAAUCAUGCUACUGCUACAAAAGUAACAAGUGAAGUCAAUCAGGUAGCUACACGCUUUGACAAAGUCAGUGUACGUACUAGAUCCAACACACCCGACUCUAUAAAAGGGAAGCCAGCCAAAGAAAAGUCUAUACGAAGGACUGUUUCUGAUAGAAGUUUGAAAUCUAAUAUAGCUGGUGCUAGUCGCCCUCCACUACAGAGAUCAAACUCUGCAAAAUCCAUAAAUGAGAAAGAGGCAAGCAAUAAAAAAGAUCAGAAAGUGACUGAAAUUCGAAAAUCAGCCAGUGAUUCAAAAUUUGAUCGUAAAGCUGCUGACAAUAUGGUGCUAAAAUACAAGGAUGGGAAAAUAUCCCAUGCCAAUCACUCUGUCUCUAAUGGAGUAAGGAAUGGUUCAAAGUCUAGUCAACAGGUAGAGGACAAUUCAGAAAACAAAAUGAACAGGGAAAAUUUUCUUAAAUCACACCCCAAGCCCCCGCUCCCUCAAAGCCAAAGAAAUGGAAAACCUCCCCUAAACCCACUGAAUCCUCGACCCUAUGGAUUUUUAGCACAGAAAAAAUUGCCCCAAAGACCAUCUGCUCCAGCUAAUCUGAUAAGGGAAAAGUUUUUCAAUGAGUCUAAAGACAGUCGUCCAGCAUCUGCUGAGAUGCCCAGAAUUGCGUACCGACACCGAUUAAAACCGUCAUACGAUGCCAGAAUCUUCGCCAUCAGAGUGGCUGAUACAAGCUCAGAAAGUUCAGAUGAAAGUUCCAGUGAAGAGUCACGCUGAUUAUAUUCUUCAAUUAUUAUCUAGAAGUAACUGUACAAAGUAAAAGAUAUUUUCAUCACUUUCUUUAUAAAUGUACAUUAUUCCAUGGUAUAUAUACAAGUACUUGGUAGUGGGAAAAUUUAAUGUUAUAUAGAGCUUCCUAAAUCUCUUGUGAUAUAAUAUGUUGACUUAAUAUUACUUUAUAACUCAGCAUGUGCAUUUACAUAAUCUUUCUGUUAUGAUUGCUUAUUAUAUUUAAGGUAUGUUAAAGGUAGCAUUCAUUUGAAAAUUAACACGGGUAUAAUGAGCACGGCGUAUUAAAACAGUGCAAAUCAUGACCCCAUUAUACAUGUAAUACUGUAUAUCAAUAUCCAAAGAUUCUAUACUUGAUUGACAGAGGCAUUCAACACUUAUAUGUAUGCUUUCUUACAUUAUUAGUCUUUUUAGUUCUUUUUCAAAAUGGUUAUUACAUUGAAACGGGUACUGUAUGUGAAUGCAAGUAGGAUUAGCUUGUGUUACUUUUUUGGAGAUUUACAUUAAAACGUGUAUCAAAUACUGAAAUUGAAGAGGUUGGAAUUUUUCAUUAUGACGGUUUCAAAAAUACAUUGUACUGUCCUUUAUAAUACAGUGUACUUGAUAAUGUGCGUUUUUAGAAGAAUUUCAACCUCUUUAAUUUCAGUAUUUGAGACACAUUUUCGUGCAAAUUUUCUGACAUAAAACUCUGAAAAUGGUAUGAUCAUCUUUUGUUCCUUUUCCUUGACAAUAUUGCCUUCUUUUAUUAAGAUGUUCCUCGAUCCUGAUAUUCUGCUCAGCAUUGUUUGUUAAGUUUAUUGGUCUGUGACAUUAAAUCAAUUUGCCUUAUUUUUUGUGAUACAUAUAUUUCAUCUCAAGGCAAAGGUUCUACAUAAGUCAUUUUUGGGAACCUGUAGGAAAAUGAGAGUAAGAAAAAUGCAAGGUAGAUUUUUUUCAGUUUUUUGUGCCUUUGAUGCUUUAGCUUACUAUAGGAUUAAACUCAGCUAGGUGGCUUUGCUCCCUUUGAAUGGACCUGUUUUGUAAGAAAUGCGAAGUAUUUUUUGUUGUUUUUUUUUUUUAGACAGGAUUUGCAGUUCUUAGCAGAUACCUUCAAUAUUUGAUGAGCAAUGAUAUGCUGUAAAGUUCUUAUACACAAUGUAUUUAUUUUGUCCUUUGAAAUUCAGUGGUCCUUUAACCUCAUUUUAGGAAAAAAAAUCAAAAGAUUGGCAAGGAUGGUGGCAAGUAAUAUAUACCCUCCAUGCUGGUAGCAUUAUAGUGGCAGCCGUUAUUAUGGCAGAUUAGCAUAGGAAAAUUCUGUUUGUUUAUGUUAUUAUUGUUGAUUAUGUAAUGGAUAUAUACUAUUAAAAUAGAACUUUUAACACA